UUUCUUUGCAUAACAGUUUCAUGUGCUUCUCAAGAAAGAACUAGCAUGGCAGCUACAGAAGCCCAUAAAGUGAUUGUUUACGGUGGCAAAGGUGCUCUAGGGUCUGCAUGUGUGCAGUACUUCAGAGCUAAAAACUGGUGGGUGGCCUCUAUAGAUCUCAAUGCCAAUGAAAAUGCCAAUGCCAGUGUUACAGUGAAGAUGACUGAAUCCUUCACCGAGCAAGCCAGCCAGGUGACAGCUGAUGUUGGUGAGCUGUUAGGUGAAGAUAAGGUUGAUGCCAUCUUGUGUGUGGCUGGAGGUUGGGCAGGGGGCAGCGCCAAGGCCAAAACUCUGUAUAAGAAUGCUGAUCUGAUGUGGAAGCAGAGUGUGUGGACCUCCACGAUUUGCAGUCACCUAGCAACCAAACACCUGAGAGAGGGGGGGCUGCUCACACUGGCGGGGGCUAAAGCAGCACUGGGUCCAACAGCAGGAUGCAUUGGUUAUGGUAUGGCAAAGGCAGCAGUCCAUCAGCUGUGUCAGAGUCUGAGUGGGCCAAAUAGUGGUCUUCCUCCAGGAUCUGCAGCAGUUGCUAUACUUCCAGUGACUUUGGAUACACCCAUGAACAGAAAGUUUAUGCCAGAUGGUGAUGUCAGUUCCUGGACACCACUAGAGUGCAUAACAGAGCUCUUCUAUAUGUGGACGACAGGAGAGAAUAGACCUCCUUCAGGUACUCUGAUGCAGCUGGUUACUGUAGACGGUAAAACUGAGGCUACACCAGUGUCAUGAAUCAUAUGAUGUAUGGUAAUCAAAAUCCUUCUGACUAAGCCAAUAAUCCACUGCUGUCUCUGCAUUAAUGAUACUUUUUUUAUCCUAUUGCCCUUUUGUUUGCAUGUAAACAUCAAAAUACUGAAACUAUUAAAGUUGUAGCUAUUAAAAAUAGGAUGAUUGCAUAAAAAUGUCAAAGAUAAUGUUUUGUAAAUGGGAUGGCAAAAAUAGCAAUGAAACUUUUAUUUUGAUUAAUUUAGCUUCUUUUUUUCUCUGUCAAAUAUCCUUGUUACAGUCACAGUCUGCUUCUCACCAUAGGGGGGCGCUGAUGAUUAAUUUAAUUACAGGUUCUCCUUUGGGUGCUUACAGUCAAAAAAGUGAUUAUGAUAGGAGAAGUCUAGAAUAGUGAGUCAGCAUUGAAAAAGUGCUUUUAUGAAGUAAUGCAUUUUUUUUUUUCUUCUUCUUCUCAGUUAUUCAAUUAGAGGUACUGAAGUAUUGCCUUCUUCCCUUUAUAAACUGGCUUUUAUUAUAACAAGGUACAAGAAUAAAUGGUUCAUGAAAUGAGUGUUUAAUUUUGAGUAAUUUAGAUGAAAUGGAAAAAUGAUAAUGGGUUUCUGAGCUACUAGCUACUAGAAAAGGGAUGCACUCGAUGGUAAAAAAAUUCAAUUAUCCAUUAAACUCAAUGAGUUCAUUUUGCAGAAAUUAUGAAAUAGAAUUUUUAAAUGGCAAUGGAAGACAAUAAUUGAUAACUUUUUUUUUAUUUUGACAUUUUCAAAACAUUCUCUCAUAUCUAAUAGUUAUGAUUGAGAUAAAAUCAUGUCACAAAUGUUGUCUAGGGUGAAACCAUGACACAAAUGAGAUGUUCAGAGAUGCCGUC